AUGUGGAUAGCCUCCUCUGCAAUGGGCCCGCAGUACGCUGUGUUGUUGGCGUGCGUCGUCGCGACCUUGGUGUGGCACACAACGGAAGGCUGGGGACCCAGCUUUUCCUGGACGAGAAAUAUGACCAUAAAAAACCCAGAAAACAACCCUACAUUCAACGACGCAGAACUUGGGCCCCUGCAAGAUGCAUGGCAGGUCCUGGAAGAAACAUCGAAAAAUACGUACUUCCUGAUGUUUCGCACGCAAAUUUACGUUUUUAAGAGAUGUGUCCACGCAACAGCAAAUAUCACAGACAGAGCAAACAAAACCGCCAAUUACAGAAUCACAUUCUACAAUCUAAACACACAAAAAUACGAGAAUCCCACAGUACAAGUGAGAGCUCUAAGUCAAACUGACUACCCGCUUGAAAACGUUAUACGGGCCAGCUUGAAUGGAACACUCCCAAGUGCUACUCCAGUUCCCCCAGGAAGCUACACGUACGCUCAGUAUGAUAACUCCACCUGCUAUUCCAGAGGUACUCCCUUUCCCGACAUGGGUGUUGCUGCGAAGCCUCAGUCGAGUGCACCAGAAUCUCGUUUAACCGAACAUAUCCUAGACGACUUGUUCCAUUUUUCGGAAAUUCCUCAGUAUAUGGACAUGUAUGUGGUAUACAGCGAGCCGCAAUGUUACAUUCUUAGGAGUGCCGCAGCCGAUGGAGGUAAGGGCUUCAAAACUUCAGCAAGGUUAAUGUAA